GAAUUGUGGAAGGUCUUUAUGACUGCAGCUGUUCCAAUGGCAGGCUUCGGUUUCAUGGAUCAAACCGUUAUGUUACAAGCCGGGCACGUGAUUGACUGCACUCUGGGUGUGGCCUUUGGAUUGAGUACUUUAACCGCCGCCGCUUUUGGGCAAGUUUGCUCUGAUGCUUCUGGCGUCUUGUUUGGUGGAACCUUGGAAAGGCUCGCAUCUAACAUGGGCUUACGAAAGGCCAAUUUGACCACCGCCCAACGUCUGUUGCCAGUCGUGCAACGUACAAAGCUUCUGGGUGCACUCGGCGGCGUCAUAUUUGGUUGUUGUCUCGGCCUUGCCAAUCUUUUGUUCAUCGAUACCAAGCGA